AUGAUUGCGACAAAUGGUCACAAUCAUGGCUCGUUCCUAUGGGGAUCAUCAACACGGAAUUCUCGCAUCGAACGAUUGUGGGUUGAAGUAGGCACACAGUUUGUACGCCGGUGGCGGGGAUUCUUUACCAGGCUCGAACAACUUCAUAAACUCGAUGUUGACAAGCCUGGGCAUCUGUGGCUCCUCAGUAUGCUCUUCUUAAAUGCGCUCAAUGAUGAUUGUCGACAAUUUCAACAAGAAUGGAAUUUGCAUCCUAUUCAUGGUUCUGAUACCAGGGAUCGAAGCCCUCAGGAUAUGCGCCUUCUAGGACAGGCAUCAUUAGGUAUCUAUGAAGAUGAGUUCGAGGGUAUCUGUCCUACAGUUCUGCAGCGCUAUUAUGGUAUUCAUGGCCGGGAGGUUGUCUGUCAUCGAAAUCAGACAGGUGCUGGCCACCCAAGUGACGAGGCAGAUGAACCAGCCGAAGAUGAUAUUAUUGACCGCAUUGAGCAGGAACAAGCAAAUGAUGUCCAGCAUGAUGCUGUAGAGGUUCCAGACAGCAAUACUCCUUUUCGGAACGAAGAGGAUGAAAGUAUGUUCUUCGAAAUACUUGAGGCGGUUGUCAUGGAGGGUAUUGUACCGGAGGGAUACAAUUUAAGGGAGGGUGAAGAUGAGUAUGACGAAAACACAAUACUUUACAAAAUUCGGAGGGACCCAGGACCAUUGUAUACAAAUUCCGCACCUCGCCGACUAAUUUGUGUUCCGGUCCUCUCCUCCAUCUCACUUAGAAUGCCGAAGCCAGCAUUUUGCAAGGGCAAUCCUGAUGAAUCAGUACCCUGCUAUUGUGAAGAGUACUCGGCACCCACCAAUAUUCCAGUUGGCCAAAAAGAGCUUUGCGCUGAAUGUUUGCAUGGGAAGAGCAAACAUCCGCGACCUCAACCACCUGUACUGCCAGUGGCUGAGCUACCAGCAGUCACUACUGCAAAGGAACGAGCUGGAGUGACAGCUAUAUUCAAGCAAUCGCUCGCUCGACGAGCUGGACAAGGUAGUCAGAAUACAACUACUGUGACGGCUGCGAGAGAUGAGGUGAUGGCAGGAUUUCGCCCAACUGCAAAGCAGAAAUUCCCAGGCAGGAUUGUAUCCUCGAGACAGGCCAGCUCUUCAAAGCAAGGUCAUGUCCCGAUCAAAGUUGGUGCCAUUGCCGUCUUGGUCAAUUACCUUGAUGACAAAGGAGAGUUGUUGACCACAAUUCUGCCUGUCAAGACAGAGAUGUCAAAGUUCAAGCGAAGGGGAUGUGCUCACUUUGAUGGAGAUCAGUCUGAGGACGGCGGCAGUGUGGAUUUCAGCUUUUGCUUGGACUGGACAUUUGAGGAAGUUGAUGCUUAUAUUCGAAGACUAUUUCCAAAAGUCUUUGAAUACCUCGACUCUGUAAAGGUUGGUGAUGUAAAGGGGAAGGCUACAGACAAUGGGGCAUCUGAAUGGGUGUUAAUUUCAAAAGAGAACUGCAGGCUGAGUGUCGCACCUGAGCCCUUCCCAACUGGCAAACAUCUCGAAUGGUACAAAGGCAGAAGCAAUGCCCCACUUCAACAGACAAAUAUUUUUAUCGGUAUCCGGAAAUUCAUACCUGAGCAUACUUAUGCACGCUGGGACCCAGACAUGGUCAUUAUCGAUAUAGCUGAUGACAGUGAUGACGGUGACGACGGCGAUGACAACAACCAUAAACAAGAGUAUGGCCCAGGGCUUAAAAUCGAAGAUGAUGUAUUCACUCAAGUUCCAAAGAUUGUGCGUCCAAAACGCCCAAUGCAACGUGGAACCUGUCAAGAACCAGCCCAGAAGAAAAUGCGUGGAACUCAUGGACGGCCCAUUGCAUCGAAAACGGGGAACAAGUCGGGAAGAUCCUCAGGCAAAGUUGAACUUUUCUGUUCAAGUGACUCUGAUACGGACAACAGUCUCAACGCCCUUCCAGCUAGUCUGAAAGGGAUGUCAAUCUCACCACUGACUCAGAAACGUGCUCCAUGCCAUAAUCCAAUGAUGCCAUUGAUCAAGGACGAAGAACACCAGGAUAUCGACCUGCAAGACUUCGCAAAGGCUCAGACUCAUGUGUCCGCAAUGCCCCUACCUAAUCGGCCACUCUUCCAGCCUCUCGUUUCGGUCCAACCUACACUGAAUGACCUGUUGCGCGGCCACCCAGAUGUCAAUGAUCCAUUGUCACGUCCAUUCCACAACCCCUGGACGACGGACUACUUCAUUGGCUCUAUCAAACUUUGGCUUUAA